CUGGUGGAGGCCGUGGAGGGGAAAAACGUUGAAUUGCCCUGCAAUGUAACGCCGCCCGGUCACGAUAAAGUUUACAUGGUUUUCUGGUUCCGGGAAGAUGCUGGGAUACCCCUUUACAGCUUUGACGUAAGGGGAAAGCCUCUUGUGGAAGGAAGGCAUUGGUCUGCCCCGCAGGUUUUCGGACCCAGGGCGUAUUUCAGGACGGGCCGAGAACCAGCGACGCUCAUCCUAAAAGACAUCCGCAGGCACGACCAAGGGACUUACAGGUGCAGGGUCGACUUCAGGAACACCCCGACGCGAAGUUUCAGAUACAACCUCUCAGUCAUAGUCCCUCCUGAAUAUCCAGCGGUAUUCGACAAGUGGGGAAAACAGCUCAAUACGACGAUUGGCCCUCACGACGAAGGAGACGAAGUGACGUUGACAUGCAGAGUUGUCGGUGGAAAGCCUGAACCGGCGGUCCGUUGGCUCGUGAACGGGAUCGUCGUUGAUGAAGAAUUCGAGCACAACGCAGGCGACGUCAUCGAAAACAGGUUGAAAUGGAGAGCGGUGACGAGGAAGGAUUUGAAUUCGAUAUUCAGCUGUCAGGCGAGCAACACACAACUUAGUGAAGCGAGGGAAACAUCCGUCGUCCUUCACCUAUACUUGCGCCCCCUGGUCGUAAAUAUAAUAAGCAAGCCGUCGAAGCUGAUCGCCGAUCAUCGCUACGAAGUGACCUGCGAGACUGGCGGUUCCCGUCCACCAGCCGUCAUCACGUGGUACAAAGGAAAUAGGCUCCUGCGCAAAGUCAGGGAGGAAAGUGGGGAUCAGGCCAACAUCACGACAAGCACGUUAAGUUUCAUUCCAUCGACUGAAGAUGACGGAAAGACGAUAACCUGCAGAGCCGAAAAUCCAAAUGUGACCGGAUUGUACGUGGCCACACACUGGAAUUUAUCAGUUGUUUAUCCACCCAUCGUUUCGCUGAGGCUGGGGAGCACGCUCAACUCCUCGGAUAUUAAAGAAGGGGAUGACGUCUACUUUGAAUGUCAUAUCCGAGCGAAUCCGCAGUGGCGAAAGCUGUCCUGGAUUCACAACGGUGAACUGAUGAGCCACAACAUGUCGGCGAGGCUGAUUCUCAUAAACCAGAGUCUUGUACUGCAAAAGGUUACAAGGAGCAACAGCGGUAUUUAUUCGUGUCUUGCGUCGAACAACCAAGGAGAAACACUGAGCAACGAAUACCAUCUCAGGGUGAAAUAUUCGCCGACUUGCCGGAACGACAGGGUGAUGAUCGUUGGCGCUUCUCGGGCCGAGAGCCUGGACAUACAGUGCCAGGUCGACGCCGAUCCACCGGCUCGCAGUUUCAAAUGGAAAUUCAACAAUUCAGGAGAGACGUUCGACGUCGGCUCAGAACGAUUUUCAAGCAACGGUACUUUUAGCGUACUCAGGUACACGCCGAUUGCCGAUCUCGACUACGGCACUCUUUCCUGCUGGGCAGAAAACAACAUCGCCGUCCAGGGAGUGCCUUGCCUUUUCCAGGUCGUCGCUGCAGGGAAACCUUAUCCAGUGAGGAAUUGUACCCUUGGUAACGAGACGACUAGUUCUCUAGUCAUUUGGUGCAUUCCGGGAUCGGACGGUGGAGUCAAACAGGUCUUCGUCCUCGAGCUGUACGUUGGAGGUGCGACAACUCCGCGUUUCAAUGUCACCGCUACCGAGACGCCUUACUUCGUGCUCACCGACCUGGAGAUGGACGUACCUCUCAAAGUGUCCAUUUUCUCAGUCAAUUCGAAAGGGAGAAGUGCCCCGGUCAACAUGGAAGAGAUCACGCUGAAAGAUCCUCAGAAAAGAACAGGUGAAGGCGCCGACGUUGGUACACCCCCGCUCCUUGGAAUCAUCGGCGGAGCCGCAAUCACGUUUCUUCUCAUAAUCGUGAUUUUUGUAUCCAAAAUGAGGAUGUCCAACCACAACUCGCCGGCGAUGCAGUGCAAGAAGCCGACUCCUCCGACGUUCAAUGCAAAACAACAGGUCAAAGAUGCAGACGAAAGGGAUCCAGACAUAAUACCAGCGAAAUUUGAACCGAGAACCCAGGCCGAAGGUCCAGCACCGUACACACAAGGCAAAUGCUCUUGGUCCGAUUCGAGCCAGACAUUUCGAGGUGGAGGAGAUACAAGAGAAGGCAUUGAACUAAACGGACUGGCCAUUAAGGAAAAGCUUAUGGCCGGCUCUCUACCAGAAAGCUGUGUAUGAUAAGUUUCAACUCAACGUUGUUAAAAACCAUGCUAUUUUGAACUUGUACAGUGCAUCGUUUAAUGAAAAAAUUAAUACAUAUUAUAAUGAAUGUUAUAAUUCCAGAUAUUCAUUAUCUUUUUAAAUGAUAAUCUUAUCCUUUCUCCGUGGCUCAUACGCAUAAAAUAAAAUAUUACGAGAUGAAAUCGAUCCUUUGAUUUGAUUUAGUCUAAUUAUAAUGUUGCAAAGGUAUUUAAGAUUUCAGACAAGUCUUUGGAUUUCAAUGUGAAGCCUGAAAUCGCCUCCUGAAAAAAUACGUUUCCGAUUAAGAAUAAUGUGGUCUCAGGAGUAAAACUUAUCGAGACAGAAGAAGGCAGACGGUUGGAACUCGAGGGUGAAAAUUCGAUAGAGGAUAUAAAAUAAAAUAAAACCAUGAUAAGAAGAAUAUGAUGAGUAAGGAGGAAUAAAAUAUCAACAGGUGGCAAUUGAUCACCUUUUCAGACGCCAGCUCACAGAUGUACUUUUAUUAAAAUUGGUAAUCCCUUUCGCUUUCAUCCCAUUACAUUCGUAGAAAUCCGACGUAAUUAAUUCAAACGGAUUUAUUUCAGUUUUAAUUGAUAUUAUUGCCUGAUGUUUUUUUUUAUUAAAUAAAAAUCCACCGGUUCGAAUAAAUAUAUACGAGGAAUUCUCUUAUUCAAAUUAAACUUUGAUGUAAUUUUCUGAUUACAUAAUGUACAUUAUAUUGAAAAACCUUUGAAGUUUCUAUAUUUUCUAUAUAAUUUCAAUUGUUAAUUUUAUAUCAUAUCUGUUUCAUUCAGGCCAUAAAACAUAUUAAAAUUUAUUUUUCAAAUAUAUUUUUAUACUAAACUGAUUGAUUUCUUCAGAUUAAUCAGCUGCAUAAAACAUAACGAGAAAAGCUCUACUUGCAAAUGCACUGUUUUUAGAAAACAAUAACAUACACACCAGAAAAGCUUCAGGAUACGACUUUUUACCUAUAAAGUACAUAAAUGACAUAGUUCAUCCCUAUCCUCUUACGUUCCAGUAAAAUCCGAAGUCCGUCAAGGAUGUAUCCUUAGCACGAUGCUUUUUAAUAUAUACACGGCUAUCCUCUCUGCACACUCAAACCCAUCAUUCGUAGCCAUCGAGGGAAGUGACUUUGCCCCCCAUUACCCAGAAAAUGAGUACUUAAUUCUUCAUACAAUAAGAACGAUCUUUAUUCUUAGGAGGCAACGAUUUUACCGCCUCAUCAUCCCUAUCCUAUGUUCCGGUCAACUUCCUCAAGGAUAUAACGUUGGCCAGAUCCUUUUUACAUUAUCCACUAAUGAUAUUCUUACUUCUCCAAAUCCCCAACUUCGCCGUUGAAAUGGCUAUCCUCUCGUCUCACUCAAUCUCAUUCGUUGUAGCCACCCGAAGAAAGUCAAAAUAGAACGAUCUAACGUCUCAUUGGUCCAGGUUCUACUGUGCAGUGUGGUAUGUUCAUGAGGUGAACUUUUCCGACCCUAGAGCUAAAUCAGUAUUGCUCGGGUGUCUUUCUAAACAGUCCAGGAUUUCGACCUGGUAUGGCACCUCGGCUUAUGUGAAAACUCAGGAAGAUACUUCCCAAGUUCUCAGUACUUAUUGCAAUCUAUCACAUCUCAUUCCUAUAUUAUUAGAGUAAAAUUUCCAAGGAGUAUCUUUUCCAGUAGAUACUGAUGACAUUCCUACUCCAGUCAUCUCUAUGGACAUUUCAUCAUUUUAAAACGACACAGCCAGCCUUUCUUCUCACUCCUUCCCAUCCGUUGUAAGCUAUCAAAGCGACCUCACCCGAUAAGUUUCAACCAACGACUAAAACACUCUACGAUAUGGACCUACGGAAUGAAAGUUUGGGCUGAAUCAACUUUUCCAAUCAAACAUCUUAAGAAAAUCCUAAUGAUUCCUACAUAUACGAAAAAACCCGUCAACACUGACCUACAUAAUCCCAUUUGUUCACGACCUUGUGAGAAGUCGUUAUAAGGUUUUGAAUUUAAUCCCGUUUCCACUCUUCCAACCCUCUCGUCCGAUAACCUUCCACACUAACCCCUUCUGGAAAUCCUCCCGUUGAGAGUGCUCGAUUGAUCUGCAAAUAUACUUUUACACUAAACUGUUGAUUGUUUUUAGUGUUUAUCAGUUGGACGAAACAACGAGAAAAGCUCUACCUAAGGUCCUGUUAGAAAAUUGAAAAAAAAUCUAGAAAUCAAUUGGAAUUCCAACGAUUAUGUGGACAGUAUAUUAAAAAUAUUCGAUGUAUCGUGGUUAAAAUUACAACGGCCCUUUGCUUAAAUAGAUUUUAUCAGUUUGUAUAUAAACGGGUUAUAUAAAAAAGUAGACAUUUUCUUUUUAUAGAUGUUCAUAAUUCCAAUAAUAAAACAAUAAAUAUAAAAUGAACAAUCAACACUCUCAUUGGCCAUAUAUUUCAACAUAAAUUUAAAAUGAGAAAGAUUAAAAUAAAAUACAUAUAUAUUGUAGCAAAAGCAAUCUAUCAAAACAAUUAUGAAUCCUAUGAUUUUUUUUAAAUUUGAUCGUUUUGAUUUAGUGAUCCUGAAUACAUGGGAAUAAACAGGAUGACUUUUUUGUGUCUACUUUUUUUUUUGAGAUCACAAGCCUUCAAAAAUACAUUGUGUUUUCACUUCUCAUGUCCCGACUGUCUCCUAUAUAGAUCAAUCCUGUGAAAACCUUUUACAGUUCUUUUUGCCAAUAAAUUGACUGUAAAAAAAAAGUCGAGUUUAGAAUGCGACUGCAUAACAGGAGCGCGAUCGGCGGUUCUGAUGGAAGACGGAAAACGUUAUCGAUUUGCUCCUCUCUACGGCACCAUUAACAUUGCACUCUGAGUAUUUCCUUGUUUAAAAAAAAUUGACAUCCAUUGAAGAAUUAUUUGAUUCUUUCUUUUUCAUCCAAUUGAACACACAAAGUCCUCCAUGAAAGAUUUACAAGUAAUAGGAUCAACUCGAUUUUUUUCCGAAAAUCCUUCAGAAAAUUCCCCCGAUACAUAAUAAAUUUUAGAAAUAAAAUAUUUAUGCCUACAGCAGAGAAAUGUACGAUAUUUUAUAAAAUAAGGUUUUUUUUACAUUGAGAUCCAAAGAUUGAAUCAUUGAAUUAAUUCAUUAUGUUCCAUGUAAAUUGGUGUAUAUAAAGAACAAGUGGGUGUAUGUAUAGUAAUAAGAAACAUUGUCUUCUGCUAAAUUUAUAAAAAGGGUGUAAACUUAGCAAAAUAAUUAUUACAUAAGUGUUGUAGUUAAUUGUAUACUAUUAUAUUGUCUGAGAGAGUGUUGAUCCUUUCCCUACCCCAAAAUAAGCCUCUAAAACCCAAAACCAGUUUUUUUAUAUAAAAAAACAAAGAACGAAGGAAAAUAGGUGUUCUGAAAUCAAAUUCCUUCAAAAAUUUAAUUGGUAGUUGACUAUGUGUAAACCCAAUUGUUGUUGAAGCUUUGUAUUUAAGAGGAAAUAUUUCUAAAGUGAAUUUCAAAACUAUUGUGAGUUAGCUGUGAUAUUAAGCUUGGACGAAGUAGCAAGUGUAAUGGAAUGUCAAUAUGAAAUAAAAUUAUACACACACGUAAAAAUUGUAUACUCUCUCCCCCUAGCUUCACUUGUAAAUACUAUACACUAGUAAGUGUUAUUUUGUACUCCAACUUUCUGUAUAUAGAACCUUAAAAACCUAAUAAUGAGUUGUAAAUUAAACGUAAAUUGUUUCUAAUAUGAAUAACAUUAUUUAUGUAUUUAUGUCUAAAAGCUGUGCGGAGUAUCCUGUAGAGAAUUUCUUUUUCAAGUCCCAGCAAGGAAUGUGUGUCGUUUUAUAUAUUGUCGGGUAAAUGAGUGCUUCUCUUUGCUUACAUAUUAGAUAUUAAAAGUAAUAGAACAUCACAGUACGCCGGUAAUGGAUUUUAAGAAGUUAAGCAA